ACUUUACUAUAAUGCUCUCUACUUGCUAUCUUAGUAUUAGAUGAUACUGACUGACCAAUGAGAAAAAGGAUGUGGUCAUCAUCUCGGUUAAGAUAAUCUAUUAAAUAAGUGUACUGAGGAAUUUUCAAUAGAUUAACCUUUUAGACAAAAUGACCAAUCAGAAGUCGUUCAGAAAUUUUUUUUGAACUACGAGAUUCUACAAUAUGCACCGAAAAACUUUUGUCUAACAAGGCAAGUCUACAUUCUUUCUCAAACACAGUUUUCUGGUGAGAUUGUUUUCAUCGGAUCGGGUCGGGUCGGGUGCAGGUCGGCAUUUUGGCAGCCGGGUCGGGUCCGGGUUAGGUUUUCUUAACCCGUGCAGGUCUCUACACCCGUUUGCUCGGCUUGGUUGGGUUUGGCGCUACAGGUUAACCUACCGCUAAAAAUCCACGGUUUUUGGUUGAAUUCUCUCUCUCUUUCGUUCUAACCAAAAGUUGUUCUCUACCGUGUUUAGCACAAAUUGAGUUUGUGAAUAAACUUCAAGAGCCGGUUGAACUUGUCGGUACCAAAAGCGGAGAAGGUGAAGUCACGACUACUCUUGCCAACAUUGCUCCUAAUGGUUCGUUUUCUUAUACGUGCGAAAAAGGCUGGGCUGGCAAUUUUCGUUGUGGUCAUGCUGCUGAAGCCAACUUGUUCGAAAUGUCAGUGAUGACAGAGAAUGAAUGGAUACACUACGAUCUCGAUAAUGAGAAAGGUUUCAAUGUUCCCAUGAAAGUCCAGGCUCCUGAUGGCAAAGAUGCACCAGAUGCCUAUCAAACUCCUGAUGACCACGCCGGAAAACAGCACAGUAGUGCAGCAGGCAAAUUUGUCGUUACAUUUGAAAACUAG